GCAAGUUGGAGCAUCUAUUUUAAACCCCAAACCCUCCUCCCCUCCUCCCCGCUGAGGGAACCCGCAAAACAGCGCACAGAUUUCCCCCAACUUAGGAAACCUACACCGCAAGGGUCUGUUUUACCAACCUUGCUGGGCAGCCCCUGGGGGCAAAUCCCCCCCUCUUUUAGCGGUUUCUCAUACAGGUCUACUAUCAUCUUAUCAAAAAAAAACAAAAAAAACAUAGAGAUCAUGCCAAGUUAUAGAGGGAUCAGAUAUGAAGUACUCGAGUACCGUACUCGAGUAGUUUUACGGGAUAAUUUUUAUUUGAUCAUGUGACUAUACUUGUACGGGUACUGAAGGUGUUCCGUAAGGGACCUUUAAACUACGGAGUUGCUCGUCAACUCUGGUAAUUAAAGCAGACCCUAAAGUUUCCUAAAUUGGCAUCUUCAUCACAAACCCACCGCCAAGCCUCCUAUUAUACCUUGACAACCCCCCCCAAUUCAAACCCUAAACCAACGACUUGCAGCAUCACCCGUCUCCUGAGCCUUCUCGCUCCUUCAAUGUCAUCUACGCCUCCUACACCGCCAAAGAACCUAUACAUCUGUAUCGAAUGCUCGUCGCCCGUGCAAUCGCUCUACACGGCUUACUCAUCCGCCGAUGAUCGCUCCUUGGGACGCGGUGUGAGGCUCACGCAGUGUCCGAGGUGUAAGAGGUUUGCUGACAAGUAUGUUGAGCAUGACUUUGUUGUGCUAUUCAUUGACCUGGUAUUAAUUAAGCCUCAGGUCUAUAGACACUUACUGUUCAACCGGUUAGGAAGGGAAGAUGACAGAUUCGAGGCACGUAAGGCUUCGGCUAUGAAGGAAGGAACCUCGCUAAUAAUUAGUGCUUACUCUUUCUUAGCCAAUAUACCAACUGACCCACUGAACACCUCCGCAUUCGGAAUCCUAACCCAACGACCAAUAGUCGUACAAUACCUCUUCUUCCUCCUCCUCUGCCUCACGGAAUCCCUCCUCUUCCACCUCACAAUCCGCCUAAUCAGUCAGUACCUUCUCGGCGCAACCCGCCCCAACGCCGUCUCAACUGCACUGAUAGUAUCCUCCUGCACAAAGCUCUUCCCAAUACUGAUGGUGAUAUGGAAUUACGAGAUCCCCGCCGCGGCGAAGUCGGUGGGUUGGGCGGUCGUCGUUAAUAAUGUCGAGGCCUUGCGGAUCUCGCUGGGGAUAGAUUACUUUCGCGCCGCGGGGCUUGCAGGAGCUGGGGCUGUGGUCAGGGCUGUUGCGAGUCAGACAAUAUUAGGCUGGACGGGGCUGCUAGGGGAUAAUGAUCGGUGGGGUGGAAUGGGGGUUGGGAUCGAGGAGUGGGUUGGCAGGUUGGGAUUGGGCAAGUGAUGAUAGGGUUGGGGAGAGGGGCGUUAUUUUUUGUCUCUGGGGUUAAAGAUGGAUAUCGUGUCCCCAAUGUAUGAUCGAAGGGGGGCGGGGAAAAAAGGCGCAUGCGGUUGACAAGGUAUCAUAGAUAGACAAAUAGUGGGGGCGUAGUAAAUAAUAUUGGGUGGG